AUGCUGAAAGUUGCCGUCUUCCUUAUUACUGUCGCCUACUACUCGGGAGCUGAGCCAGUGCUAUGGGGUUCUCGAAUCGUUGGAACACCUGCGGGACAAUCACCAACUAUGUAUUUCCGUCUUCCCAAAUUUGCCUCGAUAGUGGCAUUGAUAGAUGGCAUACGAAUUCCGAUCGGCAUAAAAGAUGGCAAGUGUUAUCUUAAUGAUAAUCAGGAGUGGGGUUCCCCUUGUGAAAUGGAUGAAGAAAGUGCCAACAUCACUCUGAAGGACGUAUCCAAACAGGAGGCAUUACAAAUAUUAAGUCUACAUCACCUCACGUCUGCAGCAUUUUUCGUGCCAACUUGUACUUUUCAGAAGCCAAAGCAAGGUAAUAUGUCGAAUGAUACAGGGUCCGAUCUAAGAACAUUUGUUUGGAAUGUUACACGAAAUAACACUGUCAAUUAUACCACAAUUCAGUGGUCUGCAGGAAAUAACGCAUUGGCAGUCAAUAUUGACUGGACACAAGAUGGUGCAUCGCCAGAAAUAGAGGAAUGCAACAGUUAUCGGGUUACAACGAGUAAGUGA